AUGUUUCUGUUCUCGAGCGAGUUCAGGAGCAGGGUGGCCAAGAGGAUUGCCCCGCCCACUGAAAUACGUGAAAAUAACUUAGUAUCCACCAGUGCGGCCAAGGAUGCCCGGGACCUCCACGCGCACCGGAACAUACUCCACAUCCUCGUUCCCAAACUGGCAGGACACGCCAACCACACAGAUUCCAACCAGGGCGAGCAGACGAUGAAGUUUUCAACAAUCGUCGGCCUGUGCUUGGUCAUGUGGGCAGGGUUUUCUCUUGGAUUCCCCUUCGACGACAGCUGGAACGGCGGUGACUCCGAUGACUGGAACAGCGGGAUUGGCCAAUCAUGGGGAGACAGUGGACAUACCGGUUCUUGGAACAGCCAUAACAAGCAGAUCGAACAGAAGAGAAUUGUUCAAGUACCGGUUUAUGAAACGGUUAACAAUUUCGUGCCGGUGAUCUUGGCCUUGCUGCUGGUUCCCCUUCUGCGCAGCAACACCGCGUCCGCAACUAACAACGAAACACUGGCCAGCAAUGGUAUUACCGUCAUCCGGGAGCCAGAUUGCUGUGGAUGA